CCUAGUUACAAGGGCAGAGUCUAUUGCUGUCUAUGGAUUCCCUCUGUCUGUUUUCCCAACUCUAAGCAAAACAGAGGGCAAGGGAGAGUGCUUUACCUUAGGGGUGUAGGUUCCCAAGUGAUCUCUCUCUCUGGAAAAGGUUUUCUUUUUAAAUAUUUUCUUGUAAUCACUUGGGCGGUGGCAGUGCAGAACCAGCCUUGUCUUUUUUGGAUCUCAGGGGGACUGAGAUUGACUAAGUUUUUCUCUGUGAAUCACAGACACAGAUUUUGCAGUGUUUAUUCCGCUAGCAGUGUGUCACGUUGGGGGACUGAGCCAUGACACUUGCUUUGAGCACAUCAUCCUCUCCUUGAAUCCUUCCACUGGUUCCCCUCUUCUCUGUUGAAUGUACAAAAGCGAUUCUUCUUCACCUCAAAGAUUCUUAAACCCCACUGACCGUCUUUUAUUCACUACUGAAAUGUCAGCUCCUGCCUCCAAUUGGCUCUGGGUAUCAGCCUCCAUUGCUCACGUUCAGUGUCCAAACAAGUCCUUUCAUGCUUUCUCCUGUGUUGCUCCCCAUACGCGGGAGCCUCUCUCCAUAUUCACCCACAAAGCUACCUCAUUCUCCACCUCAAUUCCUGUUGCAAAACUCUCCUUUGCCUCAAGCCUACAGAAAAACAAGACAACAGGUAAUGUGCCCUGAGACCACAGCUGACCAUUUUCUCAUUGUUUUCUUGUAUCCUGCCAUCUAGAACUCUCUAGCCAGCGAGCGUCUUUUCUCUUCUAUUUAGACCUCGGCUCUUCGGCACAGAGACUCUCUUUGACCUGUGAUUGUGCAGAACCUAGCGCAGUGGGGUCCUGGUCUUGGGUGCCAUGGCAACACAAAUCAAUCACAGUCGUAGUUUUGGCCCUCUGAGAGGUGCAGACCUUGGGUGAAGCCCAGGGAAUUGCUGUGACAUCUGUUUCUCUCUUUCCAGCAUCCGAAAGAAUUUUGGCUGUGGAGCUAAUGUCGCUAUGCAAGCAAAGCAGCGAAUGGCUUACGGGAUUAUCAAGGAUGAGCACAAAAAACUGGGCCCUAUGAAAUUUUCAGAGACUGCUGUCACAAUCCUCUUCAUAUUACUGGUGGUGCUUUGGUUUACCAGGGACCCUGGGUUCAUGGCAGGCUGGGCAACUAAUAUCUUCAACCAGAAUGGCAAAAGUUAUGUGACUGAUGCUACAGUUGUCAUCUUCAUUUCACUUCUGAUGUUCCUAAUUCCUUCAGAGAUCCCCAUUUAUCUCUGUCGCAACAGGACUCAGCAAGCACAACAGCAAGGUAGCAGAAAGAUUCGAGUAGUCCCUGCUCUCUUGGAUUGGAAGACGGUUAAUCAGAAGAUGCCCUGGAACAUUGUGAUUUUGUUGGGCGGUGGCUUUGCCCUAGCCAAAGGCAGCGAGGAAUCUGGUUUGUCUUCAUGGCUAGGUAGCAAACUGGCUCCUUUGGAGAAUAUCUCACCACCAGCUAUUGUUUUGCUAUUGUGUCUCCUGAUUGCCACUUUCACUGAAUGCACCAGCAAUGUGGCUACCACCACUCUCUUCCUUCCUAUACUGGCUUCCAUGUCUCAAGCCAUCUGCCUCAAUCCGCUCUACGUCAUGCUGCCUUGCACACUUUCAGCAUCCCUGGCGUUCAUGCUCCCCGUGGCCACUCCUCCCAAUGCCAUUGCUUUCUCCUAUGGACAGCUCAAGGUUAUCGACAUGGCUAAAGCCGGGAGCGUACUCAACAUUCUGGGUGUCCUGACAAUCAUGUUAGCCAUACACACCUGGGGCUUCUCCUUGUUUGAUUUGAACCACUUUCCAGUAUGGGCAAACAGCACGUCACCAGCUGCCUGUAAAUAAUAUGGACAAAUGGAACCACGAGCGGUCUCUGAUGGAGCAGAAUAUUGUUCACUCUGACCACCAGCUUGAUCUGCUCAAGCUUUUGUGAUGUACUGGAUCAGACACAACCUCUAGAAACCAAGCACCCAGACGUUAACAACGGAAUUCUCUGGCUUUUCUACUGUGUGCACAAGAUAUAGCCUUAUGCUGGGCAACUUUUGCUGGGAUCCCCAGGCUACCUUUCUCUUGGGAACCAGUGGGAAAUUUUCCCCAGUACUAGGCAUUCCUAUCAGAGCGCAGAUUUUACCUGUAAAUUCCGUGUUUGCUCUGAGUGUGCCAGGAGAGGAAAGGAAGGGUGGCACAGAAGUGCAUAUAAGAAGAAAGAGGGGAACAGUUUGUACUUGAUGCUGUGACUGCAACUGUGUGUUUGAAACUAAAUGCAUACCUCUGUUUGUAGGCACAGACCUCUCUGUGUAGGUAUGCUUGUACUCGGGCCUGGUGAACAUAAAAUUGUACGCAUGACCUGCAAGCACUCCAACAAUCUAUGCAUUAUAAUGAUUGUAGACUAAUCAAAACACUAUCUAGACCAUUCUAUUUCUCUAAUUUAUUUAUUUAAAAUUCACUCUGUAGUUGAAGUGAAAAGGAGCUUCUGAAAACAAGAGGCUAUUUUCACUAUCACAUCAAUCCUAAGACUAUUUAUGGAGGCCCAAAGACUGUGCAAAGACAGUCUGUUUUGUGUCAAGGUCCAAAUUUCUUGUUGAAAAUCUAAUCAAGGUACAGAUUCCAGACAAAAAUAACAAGCCCCCCAACAAUACUGUUAGCAAUAACUACAUAAAAAGAUCUAGGGGGCUGUCUAAAAGCAUCUUGCAGUCAAGAUAUGGCCCACUGUCACCUCUUGACUCCCCCUGCUGUAAGGACAUGACAGGAACUAUAGUGUUCUCCUGAGAAUGGGGAAAUUCUUGUUUCCUAAAGUAUUGAUUGAAUUAAAGAAUUUUUAUGCAA